AGGGAGGGCAGACGGCGGCUCCCAAUCAGAAGUUCAGAACAGACGGCCGUCCCUAUCGGAUUGCUUCGAGCUUGAGCAUUGGAGUGUUGCUGCUAGGCGAGAUGAAGAGGUUGCUUGCUCAUCGCCAGUUCGGUUGCCCUUCCCGGAGCUUGGUGGCCAGAUCCCCUGCCCUGCCAGCACUUUGCAACAAUGUUCUUCCCAGCUACUACAGGUAUUAUUCCGCCGAGAAACACGAUGACACCACCCUAGGUGAAAUCGGGGAUAAGGCAAGAUCAACAGCGGAAGAGUUCGUGAGGGUAGCAAAGGAGAAGACUGACGAUGUCGCAGAGAGGGCAAAAGAAACGCUGCACGAGACGAAGGAAGCGGUGGUCGGGGAGUCAGAUGACGAGAAGGAGAAGUUCAAAAGGAGGGUGGAGGAGGGGAGGUACAAUCAUCAGAAAUAAGUGGCUUGUGUUUUCUUGACUGUGUAUGCAGUCAGGCUCAUGGCUCGUUAAACUCACAUGAUAUAGGCCUUGUAGUCUGUAAAAGUUUAGUCUCUGCAUCCAGUGUCUUGUCCAAUUUUCACCUUCAAUAAUGUGGUGUGACCGUCAGCACUAGAAAAGCUAUCUCCUGUAGAAUAAAUAAGAUUUGCUUUUGUGCUUCA